AUGGAUCAUACAUGGACGUUAGUUGGAGUCGGUGGCUCUCCUAGGGUUUCCUCAUCGAAAAUCCUGGGGAAGAGGAUCAAGAUGGCCCUUGCGAACAGCUUGAUGCACUAUCUCCCUUCAACCCUUAUAAGAGCGAAAUGCGGGAAAACAAAAGGAAAGAAAAUCCAUGGACCGACCCCAUCGUCUCCACCCCGUAGGAACUACGAGAUCACCCCAAGGACGCCUUUGGCAUCCAGGGGUCGCGGACCGACCAUAGAACCCUGUUCAAACGGAGAACACAUUAGUUAG